AUAUAUGUACAUAUGUAUAUGCAUACAAUUAAAUACUCAAUGUUUACAUUGUAUAAAUAGAUUAGAAAAAUAUUUAGUCAAUUAAAUGACAAAAAAUGAGUGAUAAUGACGAUGAACCAUCAUUAUGUCCUACGACAAUAUCCGCAUUACGAGAAUUUCUUGAAGAAAAAGAAAAGAGAGAGAAAGAAUUGGCAAAUGUAUUUCAAUCAAAUCAAUUACAACAUGUAUCAUUUGAAGAAGAUUGGCAAUUAAGUCAAUUUUGGUAUGAUGACAAUACAACAAAUACGAUUGUCAAAGGUGCUUUAAAAUCAACUCCUGUAAAUGGAAAAAUAGCAUUAAUUUCUUGUCCAACUGUAUAUAUACCAUUAAAAAGAAUUUGUGAAGAAAGACAAGUUACUCUUUUAGAGUAUGAUUCACGUUUUGCAGUAUUUGGAUCAGAUUUUAUAUCAUAUGAUUAUAAAUUUCCUUUAAAUAUACCAAGAGAUUUAUACAAUAGUUUUGAUUUAGUCAUAGCAGAUCCUCCAUUUUUAUCGGAUGAAUGUUUAACAAAAACAGCCAUGACAAUAAAGUUAUUGUCAAAGAACAAAAUAGUACUUUGUACAGGUGCGAUUAUGAUGGAUUUAGUUGACAGAUUAUUAAAUGCUAAAAAAUGUGAUUUCCUGCCAAAGCAUAAAAAUAAUUUAGCUAAUGAAUUUUAUUGCUAUUCUAAUUUUAACUUUGAUGAAAUGCUGAAAUGAAAUAAAAUGUUUUACAUUAA